AUGCUCUGCACAGCUUUCCGCGUGGAAGAUGCCAAUGAAAUGCCGAACAACGGCGGAACUCAAGGCUUGUUCGUUGGCCCGGUGAAUGCAUACCUACAGAAUGUAGAAGAUGAACCGGCUAGUGUCGCCUACGAAGCGAUGCGUACAAGCGUUUUAUCCGCGACGCACGGCUUUGUUCGCCUGCCCCGAUUGGACAGCGGCGCGUUACCUGCGCUUGUUAAGGCGUUCACGAAUGUGAUGUGGAGGACAUUCGACAUCGUAGUUACAACCACACGGUCGACCAGCAAAGAGCCGCCCUCUGUUGCACGAAAGGAAGCCCGAUCAAAGAUCGAUGAUUGCUGA